CCUCCUUCCAUAUGGAUUAGAACCCUUUCAUCGUCACAACAUUAAACACACAAAAAAGACACAACAAUACCUUAACACACUAAUCCUCAACCAUUAUGCAUCAUUCAUUUGGGCAGUUUCUGAGGAAAAACCAUCCCAAUCUUCGUUUAAUCUUGGCAUAUUCAAGAGCCAUUUCGACGGAAUCCGGCGGCGGCUCCGGUGGCCGGAGAUUCAACCAUGAGAUGAAAAGGGGUGGCAUGUUUCUUGAAUCAGUGUUGAGAUCACUUCUCCCCAUUGUUGCAGCUAGCUCAAGUGCAGGGCUUUGUUAUUAUGCACUUUCUGAGAAAGAUUCUUGGGUUUCUUAUGCUGAUUCUGGAAAUAAAGCUUCAGAACAGCAGUCUGAGAAUAAACCUAUGUUUUUAUUCAAAGAUACAUAUAGGAAAAGGGUGUUCUUCAAGUAUGAGAAACGGUUGAGAAUGCGAAGUCCUCCAGAGAAGGUGUUUGAGUACUUUGCAUCUUUUAAAGUGCCUGGCGGGGAAGUGUAUAUGACUCCAGGAGAUCUAAUGAGGGCUGUAGUUCCCGUCUUUCCUCCAUCUGAAGCAGCUAGUGUGAGAGGUGGAUCUCUGAAAGGCGAAAAGGUGCCUGGUGAAUUGCAUUGCGCUCCUUCAGAUUUUUUUAUGCUUUUCGACACCAACAAUGAUGGGCUUAUAUCGUUUCCAGAGUAUAUCUUUUUUGUUACGCUUCUCAGCAUUCCUGAGUCGAGUUUCUCCAUAGCUUUUCGGAUGUUUGACAUUGACAAUGAUGGAGGAAUCGACAAGGAGGAAUUCAAGAGAGUGAUGGCACUGAUGCGAAAUUAUAACAGACAGGGCGCUCGCCACAGAGAUGGAAUGCGAAUUGGGUUGAACGUUUCUGGCUCUGUAGAGAACGGGGGUCUGCUAGAGUACUUCUUUGGCAAAGAUGGCAAAGGUCGCCUUGAGCACGAUAAAUUUGUUCAGUUCUUGAGAGAUUUGCACAUCGAAAUGUUGCGGUUGGAAUUUGCGCAUUAUGAUUACAGGUCGCGAGGGAGCAUUUCUGCUAAAGAUUUCGCGCUGUCAAUGGUUGCAGCAGCUGACAUGAGUCACAUCACCAAGUUUCUUGAUCGAGUUGAGGAACUGAACGAUGAGCCACGCCUUAGGGAUGUGCGCAUUUCGUUCGACGAGUUCAAGAGUUUUGCUGAGCUGAGGAAAAAACUGCAGCCAUUUACUCUUGCCAUCUUCAGCUAUGGGACAAUGAAUGGGAUGCUCUCAAAAAAUGACCUAAAAAGAGCUGCUAAGCACGUUUGUGGCAUAUCGCUUACUGAGAAUGUGGUGGACAUGAUCUUUUACUUGUUCGAUACAAACCACGAUGGGAUUCUAAGCUCGGAUGAGUUCUUGAGAGUGUUGCAGAAGCGAGAGACAGACAUUUCACACCCAAUGGAGAAGGGGUUCGUGGGGAUGAUCUCGUGCUGGAUGGACUGCGCAAAAGGCUGUCCUUCCAAGCUUCUUCACUAAACCUGCAAUCACCUCAUGAAACAUGUUCUUUGAACUGAAAAAAACAUUGUACAGAUAAAAACACUGCACUCUUUCUUCCAUAUUUUCUCUUCGGGUAUGCUUCAAUGAAGCAAUAGGGGAUGAAAAUGUAAUGAAACGUGGUGGGAUCAGCCAAUUCAAAUCUGAUGUGAUAUCAUCGAUACCUACUCCUUUUCCUCCUUUGAUUCACUCAAGUGAGAGUUCAUUUUGUAUUCUGAUGUUCUUCCCAAACACCAUGUCUGCAGAUUUACAUGUUUGGUAAACUUAAUAGUCUGCUAUU